UUGGCUGCGGAUCGGAUCUGUGUGCUGCAGAUCUAUGUUCCCCCUCACUCACUCUCCAGGCAGUUUAUCACGGCUCACACUGCUGCACUUCAACACACACACUGUGUUACAGUGCAUGCACACACAGCUUCAUCUCUGGAAGCCAAUCACAAAAAUAACCGAAGAUGGGAAAAAUUAACGGAUGCAUCAAAUGCCUCUUCAUCUUCUUCAAUGUGCUGUUUGCAAUCCUCGGGUGUCUGCUGAUGUACGGGGCGGUGAAGGCCAGCGUCUACAGCCUCACGUUGUCGCAGGUCGGGGGCCCGAGCCUGGUUUGGAUUUGGGUUCUUGCCAUCGGCGUCCUCGGCAUGUCCGUCCUGGCAAUCGUAGCAGCAUGCUGCGAGAAAGAGCUCGUCCUCAAAGUCUUUGCAGGCCUCAUGGGGGUUGGAAUGAUCAUCAUGCUGAUCUUUGGCAUUGUUGUCGUUGUCGCAAGGAACAAGGUCAAAGGAAGUUUUGACAACGCUACCUCUGAGUUGGGAAAGGUCUUCAUCAACAGCGAAGAAUCGAGAGCUUUGCUCGAGUCUAUACAGCAAACUGCUCAUUGCUGUGGCCUGGGGGGCUCUGCGGACUGGGAAGACAACAUCCCUGAUUCCUGUAGGUGCAGCGAUGGAGUGUAUGGUCCAUCUACAUGUAAAUCCAAACCUCAGGGAGUCAGCGGCCCAGACGAAAUCUACGCAACGGGCUGCGGUGAUUACAUCUUUGUCUACGUCAACAUCGUAUUCCAGAUCUUUAUGGGCUUCUGCUUUGGAUUUGCUGUCACUGCACUGUUGGGGCUGCUGAUCACCAUCCUGAUGAUCUAUCAGGUCAAACGGUACGACAGCUCCGGAGGAACAUCCAUCGCCAUGAAGGGUUAUUAAAAGAAAACCUUCACCCCUGACCCCUCACCUGUGCCUCUGCACUGUACUAUGAGGACUCAGUUGUCAAUACAAGACCUCUUCUUAUUUACUUUUUAACACCGUUCGUGGUUUCUAAGGGAGGGUGAGCAGGGAAGGCAGGAGACAGAGGGACGAUGUGGCAUGCUGCAUGCCGAUUUUCAUUUUUGUAGUUUUGCGCUGCCUCACAGAAGUGUUUUACUUUUAGCUUUUUACUUAAAAGAAUAUCGCUCAAGUAACAGACAUUUAUUUUUUUGUGAUUUAUUGCAUCAGUUGUGUGUUAUUUGAUGGAAUGCAGUAAUUUACUAGUAUCAUGCAACAGAGACAUAUUGUACACAAGAAGUGGUUCCUGUGCUCAACAUUCA